CAUUUUCUUGUUUCUAUGUUUUCUUCUCAUUUUUCAAAUUUUCUUACUGUUUUUCGAAGAAGCUUUUUCAAGUAAUCCGUCUCUCUGAUUUUCGAAAUUUUCUCUGCUCUAACCUAAUCAGAUAGCCAUGAAAGGACCUUUAAACGUUGUGGUUGCUCACAAGAAGCCUGAGAUCAUGAAGGCACGCAAAGCAGAGGCAAAGGCACCAAAGAAGAAGAACUCGGUUGCUAAUAAUACUAAGGAUCCUAAUGCUCCUAAACGUCCUGCUUCUGCUUUUUUUGUUUUCAUGGAGGAGUUCAGGAAAUACUUCAAGGAGAAGUUUCCUGAUAACAAAGCAGUCGCCGCUGUAGGGAAAGCAGGUGGUGAGAAGUGGAAAUCUCUCACUGAUGCGGAGAAAGCUCCAUAUGCUGAAAAGGCACUGAAGAGGAAAGCUGAGUAUGAGACAGUUCUUGCAGCUUACAAGAAGCAGAAACUUAAUGGAAGCAUCGAGAAGUCGGAGGAAGGAUCUGAGAAAUCGAUUUCUGAAGUUCACAAUGAGGAGGAGCAGGAAGCCAGCUCUUAGAGAUGAAGUCCAAGAAAAAGCUCUGGUGGUGGGAGUUCUGUUCUGUACAGAGUUGGAAAUGGGAACAGUAGUGGUGACAGUAGAUAUUAUCAACAUCUCAUUUAAUUAGUAUAUCAGUAGCUUAAGAAAACAAUCUUUUUUAGUAUCGUUCUUUAUUGCUUCCACUAUUUUUAAGUUCAAAUCCAAGUUAAUACUUGAACUGCAAUUAUGAAAUACUACCAGUUUUAUUA